AUGAGCGCAUUACAAGAUUUAAAUAAAGUAUUAGAAUCUUUACCUGAUUGGGGUUAUCCAUUAUCGUUAAGAGGAGCUGUUUAUCGAGCUUUGAAAUCAAAUACAAAGGCAAUAUUGGAUUUAGAUCGAGCAUUAGAAAAUAUAAGAGACCGAGCUUUUAAUAUUGAUCAUGAAACUAAAGCGCUAUGCAAUCGAGGAGCGGUUUAUAAUACAUUAGGAAAGUAUAAUGAAGCAUUGGCUGACUUGAAUAAGGUUUUAUUAAGAGAUCCCAGUAACGUAGUUGCGUUAUGUGAACGAAGUAUAGUUUAUGAUGCUUUAGGAAAAAAGGAGAAAGCAUUAUUGGACAUUGAUAAGGCGGUAACACUCGAUCCUGGAAAUGAAGUCGCUAUUAAUCAACAAAAAAAACUUAAAUCAUAA